AUGUAUCUGAUGCGAAGUCAAACGAAUGCUUACUCGUGCUCGACUGGGAUCAAGGACUGGACUCAUGGAGGUGCGAUAUGUGUCUGGUGGAAGACGGUUGAGGCGCUGCCAGCCGCAAAGAGCGAGAGGAGCGCAGUAAGCCCGCCUAGCGUGGUGCCUGCUUCUACGGCGCAGGAUGACAUUGACGGAGAGCCUCUGGAUGAGGAUGACGUGAUGGGUGAACCUAUUGACGAUGAAGAUGUGGAAGGAGAACCUAUUGAUGAAGAUGACGUUGCGGGGGACCCUAUUGAUGACGACGAGCUGGAAGCCGAACCCAUGGAUCAAGACGGAGGUGGGGGCCAAACGGCGGGCGCACCAUGGCAAGCAAAGAGCCAGGAUGAGAAAGGAGGUGUUAGUGGUAACCAGGUAUCCGCGGGCCGAACGCAACAGCGGAAGCGACUGCGCGCCGCGGAUAUGUUUGCCGACUCAGAGGGGUCGAGCGAGGAGAAAUAA